AUGAAAAAAAAAAAUUUAUACUCUUCUCAUUAAUAGUGCAAUAGUUUUAGUCGGGUUAAUAGUAAAUAGGAUCUUUGUAUAGAUUCUUCAUAUAUUUCAAAAUAUUUAGGAAAACAAAGACAUUUGGCUUCUCCUUAAAAAUUUAUGUCAACUUUAUACUCAAAUAAAUUUGAAACUAAUACUCUUAAUUCCCCAAUAAGUGAUAGAAAUUAAAGCUACAAUUAAUAUAAGCAAUUAACUAAAAAUUAUUUUCAAAAAAAAUAUAUGUUGAUGACUGCUGGAAAUGAAAAAAGUAUUAAAGCUUGGAAAAAAUAUUUAAUUAAUAGUUUAAGGAAAAAAAUAGAAGAUUUUUUUUAAGUUGAGAAAUCUCAAAUUUCACCAUAAAUUAAGAGAGUAAAACUCAAGUUUGGAUGUUUAAAAAGCUAUUUGAGUGAUGAUGUUGUUGCUAUAAAUGAAAUUGUUAAAUAAAAAGUUCCAGUAAUUGAUUUAAUAUAGGAGUAGGAUAAAUUAAUCAAAAAAAAUUAUCAUUAUCUUAAGAAUUAAUAAAAUGUGGAUUAUGAUACUAAGUAUAAAUAUUUUAUUUAUAAGGAUGAAGAAUAUGAUUUAAUAAUAUGAAAUUAUUAUUGAUCGAAUAUAAAGAGAAGCAUUUAAAAUUAAUUUACCUAAUUAUAUUCAAGUUAAGAUGGAAAAUUAUAAUGAAUUUUAUGAUGUAAAUUAAAAACUUGAAAAUCCAUUUUUUAGUUCAAAAUUAUAUCAAUCUUGUUAAGAAUUUAAAUUUUAAAGUAAAAAAUUAGUAAAGAAUUCUUAAUAAAUAUCUUUUAUUGAUAAUUAUUAAAAUCUAAUAGGUAAUAGUCCUAAUUUAAAUGAAAUUAUAACAGAGCAAUUAAAAAUUUAAAAUCCAUAAAAACCAUAAAUUAUUCAAUCGAAUAUGUAAUCAUUGGACCUCAUAAAGAAUGAUUACAUUUCUUAUAAUGGUUAAGAUGAAGAAAUAGUUUAGUAAAAAUAAAUUAAUAAACAAAAUCAAGAUAGAAAUAAAUGUUAGAAACAUAAAUAUAGAAUAAAAAAAAAGUAAAAUUAACUACAAGAAAAUAUGUAAGUUAAUAAUUUUGGUUGUAAUUUAUAAGAUCAUCAAUUUGUAGAUUAUAUGUUGAGUCUUAAUGAUGUUUAUGAUUGUACUUUAGAACAAUUUUAAGUCACAUCAAGAAUUGAAAAUUAAUAGUGCGAUAUCUUAAAUUUAGAUGAAUAUGAAUUUGUGGAUACUGAAGAAGAAAAAGCAUACUCAACUCAAAUUUAAUGGAAUGAUUAUUAUUUACUAAAAAAUUAAUGA